UCACUUGAAGGAUUUGGCAGAGUGUUUUGACUUUUUUGGCCCACCAAACACACAUAACCUCCUCAUUAGCUGUCGCUUUUCGGUUAGCUCUGCUGCAAGCCUGCAACAGCAGCGAGCAUGUGUUGAACGGACCCAAGCAGGCACAAACACAGAGAGGGUAGUCAAGGCAUCUCAAAAUUUUUCUCAGACCCAAAAAACAGUCAUGCAAGGUUGAAUACAGCAAAGCAACUCGCAGCAAAAUUUGUUAGGAGAGACUCUUCAUUAUCGCAUGGCCCAUGAAAUUUACCCUUUGUGCUCAUGAAGAAAAAUAAAAUACAAGUCCCAUGUCAUAAAAAAAGAAUACAGCGAAGCAGACCCACUCGACGCAUAUGUAUAGUAUAUGGAUAAUACAGAGAGUCAGAACUAGAGGGAGAAAGUAAGUGGUAAUACAGCGAAAAAGGUUGGGUCUCUGGUCCCUGAUAUUUCAUUGGAUAUCCUUUGCCAACAACACCAUUGUGGUUGUGGGUGUCCACUGGCAGCUUUUUUGUCCCCCCUCUCUAUUCGUUAAUGUCGUUUAAAGAUUUAUAUUUGUACAUUUUCUUCUGGGUUUCUUUUUCUUCCUCUUCUCAUUCUCUUUCCACCUUCAACAGUAAUGAUUUUCUUGUUAGGGGUAUCCUUCUUGAGGAAUCUGAGAAGUUUUGAUUGUGAAAAAGCGGCUGUUAUUAUAGCUUUCGAAAAAUCAACUAGGAGUACACGAACAAGAAGUAGAAGAACAAAACAAACACAGACGCAAGCGCACGAGUGUGUGCCAAGAAAAAGAGACUACUAUUUGUUUUGAAUGAUUUGAUCAUCAAACAGAACAAACGGCUCUCACUACCCUUUUUCUUUGCCUUUCCCCUUCUAUAUUUGGCUUCCGGGAAUCCUGGUUUGGUUCUGGGUUCUCUCUGCUUUCUUUCUGUUUUCUUUAAUUUGUUUUGGGACUUUUUGAAACCCUUUGUGAAGUAUGUCUCAACAGAGGCAAUUCCAGAUGGUGGUAGGCAACAACCCAGGUGGUCACUACAAUGAUACAACUUUUACCAAAAUCUUUGUUGGUGGUUUGGCUUGGGAAACUCAGAGAGACACCAUGAGGCGUUAUUUCGAACAGUUUGGGGAGAUCCUUGAAGCUGUUGUUAUUACAGAUAAGAACACAGGGAGAUCCAAAGGUUAUGGCUUUGUUACAUUUAAGGAUUCCGAGUCUGCUAUGCGGGCAUGCCAAAACCCAUCUCCUGUUAUUGAUGGAAGGAGAGCUAACUGCAAUCUUGCAUCUCUUGGUGCCCAGAAAACACGUUCAUCAACUAAUCCUCAACAUGGCCCAGGACGGUUUAGAUCAGCCCCAGCUGGAUUGGUAGCUCCACCGGCUUUUCAUGGCUCAUCAUCAACACUUGUUCAUCAUCAUCAACCUUCUGGUCAAUACACAUUUCCUUACUCCGCUUAUGGGUAUUCUGGAUAUACACAAGACCCCUUGUAUCCAUUGAAUUAUUACAAUGUCUAUGGUGGUCAACAAUUCUCACCUUACAAUACAGCGGGGACAUCAGGGGCUGCACCUGGGAUGUUCCACAAUUUUUACCCAAUAUAUGCCCAAUAUGCACAAAGUAGUCAAGCUCAUGGUUUUGGGGUUCAAUAUCCUCAAAUGGUUCAGUACCCUUAUUUGCCUCAACACUAUGCAGGCUCUAGUACUGGUAUUCUAUCACUCCCUCCUUCAUUGGCAAUGACUACUACUGGUACAGGAUUAAAUAUAACAGGUGCCACAACCACUUCAACAAUAACAGGUGCCACAACCACAUCAACAACAAUAUCGACGACAAGUACACCACCAACAAUGACAACCACCGGAGUAAUUGGAGCUGGGGCAGCUACUACUUCACAGCAGGCAUCAUCAGGAACCGCUUCUGAGCAGAACUCGUCAGCCAAAUAGUUACUGGGAAAUACAUGGAAUUACAAGGCUAACAAGAUCGUAAAGCAAGAAAGGCGUGAACAAACCAAAAAAGGAGAAUAAGAAGACAUUCAUUAAGUUUUUACUGAUCAGCUGGCACAGGAAGAGAAAGAAUAUCCAACAACUCGCGCACAAGUAGUCCUUUAAUUCAUUCUUCGGUCAUGAUCAACAAUAUAUGUUUGUUUAGGAAAAUAGGGAGUCUUUAAUUUUCUAAGCAUUAGAAGAUAGAAUCAUCACAUUCAUUUCAUUUUCAUGUAAUUGGCAUAAGGUGGAAACCAAAUAUUGGCUUUGGAUUCCACCUCAAAGACUAACUAUUUGAUGACCAUGUCGUCGUUGCACAGAGCAUCCGAUGACAUAAAGUCCUCUGUUUAUAUCAGCCUUAGUGGGUUCAAAAGAUUGAUUUUGUAUCUUUGAACCCAGAUUUAUUGAAAUGGUGGGCUCGGACAGCUCACACAUUAACAUUGUAACUUUUGUUUUGCUUCUGUUAGUUCAUUAAUUGUUAAUGAA